CAAGACCGCAGGCUGGUGAAUUUGCUUUGCAGUGAAGGGUUAGCAUCUUCUCUAAGCUCUCUGGACGCCAGUUCACCUACGUCACCAUGAGCCGCCAGUUCACCUACAAGUCUGGAGCUGCCAGAAAGGGGGGCUUCAGUGGCUGCUCCGCCGUGCUUUUGGGGGGCACUGCCUCCUCCUACCGGGCAGGGGGCAAAGGGCUCAGUGGGGGCUUUGGCAGCCAGAGCCUCUACAGUCUGGGGGGUGCCCGGACCAUCUCCUUCAAUGUGGCCAGUGGCAGCGGGAGGCCCGGGGGCUAUGGAUUAGGCCGGGGCCGGGCCAGCGGCUUUGCAGGUAGCAUGUUCGGCAGUGUGGCUCUGGGGCCUGCAUGCCCCAUGGUGUGUCCACCUGGGGGCAUCCACCAGGUCACCAUCAACAAGAGUCUCCUGGCUCCCCUCAACGUGGAGCUGGACCCCGAGAUCCAGAAAGUGAGAGCCCAGGAGCGGGAGCAGAUCAAGGCUCUGAACAACAAGUUUGCCUCCUUCAUCGACAAGGUGCGCUUCCUGGAGCAGCAGAACCAGGUGCUGGAGACCAAGUGGGAGCUGCUGCAGCAGCUGGACCUGAACAACUGCAAGGACAACCUGGAGCCCAUCCUCGAGGGCUUCAUCGCCAACCUGCGCAAGCAGCUGGAGAUACUGUCCGGGGACCGUGUGCGGCUGGACUCGGAGCUGAGGAGCAUGCGGGAAGUGGUGGAGGACUAUAAAAAGAGGUAUGAGGAGGAGAUAAACAAGCGCACAACUGCUGAGAAUGAAUUUGUGGUGCUUAAGAAGGAUGUGGAUGCAGCUUACAUGAGCAAAGUGGAGCUGCAGGCCAAGGUGGAUGCCUUGGACCGAGAAAUCAAGUUCUUCAAGUGUUUGUAUGAGGGGGAGAUCUCUCAGCUCCAGUCCCACAUCAGUGACACAUCUGUUAUCCUGUCCAUGGACAACAACCGGAAGCUGGACCUGGACAGCAUCAUCUCUGAGGUGCGCGCCCAGUACGAGGAUAUUGCCUUGAAGAGCAAGGCCGAGGCCGAGGCCUUGUACCAGACCAAGUUCCAGGAACUGGAGCUGGUGGCUGGCAGGCACGGGGACGACCUCAAACACACCAAGAAUGAGAUCUCAGAGCUGACACGGCUCAUUCAGAGGCUGCGCUCGGAGAUUGAGAGUGUGAAGAAGCAGUGCUCCAACCUGGAGAUGGCCAUCGCUGACGCUGAGCAGCGGGGGGACUGCACCCUGAAGGAUGCCCGGGCCAAGCUGGACGAGCUGGAAGGAGCCCUGCACCAGGCCAAGGACGAGCUGGCCCGGAUGCUGCGUGAGCACCAGCAGCUCCUCAAUACCAAGCUGGCCCUGGACAUCGAGAUCGCCACCUACAGGAAGCUGCUGGAGGGCGAGGAGUGCAGGAUGUCCGGAGAAUAUACCAAUGCUGUGAGCAUCUUCAUCAGCAGCUCCACGGCGGGGCCCUCAGGCACAGGGACUGGCUUUGGCUUUGGCAGUGCAGGCACCUAUGGCUACCGACCCAGCUCUGUCUGUGGGGGCUAUGGCAUGAUGUCUGGGGGCUGCGUCACAGGCAGUGGGAACUUCAGUCCCCGAGGAGGAGAGGCUAAAACCAAGCUGGGGAGUGCAAGUGAAUUCAAGGAGCCCCCUGGGAAGACUUCAGCACUGAGUUCACCCACCAAGAAGUCCACAAGAUAAAAGGGUGGUGUGUAGGGGGGUCUACUCCUCACCUGGCUUCCUCUGGACUCACUUCUAGGAAAUUCAUCAUAUUCUUGCUUUUCAUUGCCACCCACAUCCCCUCCUCACUCCAACUCUUUACCCUAGUCUGUCUUAGCCCAUCCUUUUGCCUCCACACUUAAGGGCUUACAAGUCAACCUUCUUCCUGAAGCACUGCAGAAAAGGAAGAUCUGGUCAGGUCUGUUGUCCCCAAGCAGGGGGUUGUUUCCCCUCCAGGUUAGCCCCAGACUCUGUGCUGCCCCUUCCAGAAACUGCCCCAAAUAGUUAUUUCGCCUUGAGCUCCAUGGGUACAUGAAAUUAUAGGUCAUGCUAGAACUGAAACACCUGGUUACCAGAGUGUAUCUUGCAUGAUUCCUGCAAAUUGCACCUGCUGUGAGUUCCAUACAGGCAGGCCCUAUCAAACAAACACACUGGUGUCCUUAAUAUGUGAGUUCUUGCCCUUGAUCAGGCUCACCCCUCUGCCUUACACACCUCACCAAUAAACUUGUGAAACUCA